GUCGCACCAUGGAGUACGACCGGCUGGCAUAGCGAUGACAAGCCUUUUGAGUGGCAUGUGUAUAGUGCAGCCAGCAAGCACAUCCACGUGAGGUUGACCGACGGGAGACUAGACCGUUUGACAAAUAGAAGGGCCUCUGCUUAACUUGUUUCUGUAAGUGUUAAUAUGCAGUAAGUAGCAAAUUGCGGGGGACAGUCUUGGGAGACACCCGGCUGUGCCUGCCUUGGGCGCGCGUAGGGGGACAAGGGUUUCGCAGCCCUUGACCUUGUUCCGGGUUUAUAUGAGGAAGCCCACCCACAAGCAGGGCGAGAUGUGGUUUUCGCGAUUUCUUCAGGUUUCUGAGAGUAGGUCGUCGAGAUGCCUACCUAUCCUCUUCAACUCACCUGCCUGGGGGUGAUCUACGGCACUCCCCUCUUGGCUUCGAUAUUCGUUAUUCUGAGGAUAUACACACGGCGGAAGCUAAAUUUACGGUUAAGCUGGGAUGACUGGCUUAUCAUACUUCCGUUACUUCUAUCCAUAGCCCUCAUAGGCCCUUCCCAUCGACAUGUCAAGAUGUGGCAUGUUGGCGUACAUAUCUGGGAGGUGCCGCCGAACGAGAUAGAACCAAACUAUGACGAGUACUAUGCCGUUGUCAUGGCGUUCAACCUCUUGAACAUACCCAUAUUACCACUCGUCAAAGCGUCGAUUAUCCUUCUUCUCCUUCGGGCCGGUUCCGUUAUUGAAUGGCUCAAGCGAGUACUCUACGCCAUCUUGGUCUUCACCGUUGGAAGCGCAUUGAUACCAUGGUUUCUAUACAUCUUCAUCUGUCCACCUCUAACUGGUAACACCUGGAAGCCGAGGACUUUCGGCAACCUGCAUUGCAUGGGCAGACACAAAAUGGGCGAGAUGUUGAUCUGGGUCACAUGCGCCAACCUACUUACUGAUGUUCUGAUCCUCCCGAUACCUUUCAUCAUUGUGCGAAGGAUGAUGAGUGCUCGAUUGAGGUCCCGUUUGGUGGUAUUGGUAGUCUUCACUUGCAGUCUCGCUGUCACUGGCAUCGGCGCAGCAAAGAUCUACUUGUCGUAUCGCGACCGCCUCUACACUCUGUUCAACCCCGAUUGGACCUAUCCGAUCGACUACUGCAUCAACCACAUUGAGAACAAUGUGGCAAUCAUCGUAGCCAACAUACCGAUCCUACGCGGCCUCGUUACACGAUGGAUCUUCAACUUCCGAACCAAAGCGACGCCUAUCGAGCGCGAGUUUUGCGGUGAUUGGCAACAACAACAGCAACAGCAACAACAACAACAACCGAGAAAAUCUGACGCAUCAGACUUCAGCCGCUACACAAGAAAGAACCGCGUGGUACAAAAGAUCCUCCCCUGCAUCCAGGAUGAUUUUUCCAGCAGCCUGGCCUCGCGCUCCAAAGGCGACCUCAGCAGUAAGGUGGACUGCCGGCCAGAUUUCCCACCUCGAAUCUGCACCACAGGCGAACAGCGCUACCAGAAACGAAGUUACUUUCCGCGAUCGCGAAGGAAUAGCUUGGAUCGGUAUAGCACGGCCGACUCCUGCGAGAAGGGUGACAUCUUAGAGACGGUUAGGAGUGUAGGCAGUUUGGGUUCUGCGCCAACACUCGUGGAGAGUAAAGAUGCGUAUACAGAGUGGAAAAGCAUGGAUAGCCCAACGCUCAGCCCGACAACGAGGUUCUCCACUCAGACAUUGUGCCCCAUUGCGCCGUUGACGCCGGCGAGGUUGCGGGGGAUUGAAGAUGAUGAGGUUGACGAUGAGAUAUACCCAUACCCGAGAGCCUUAUGAUACCAUAGCGAAUGAACAACAUACAAUGAAUCUUG